CUUUGACGUUUGACAAGUUUGACGUUUCCUAAUCCGAUUUUGAUUGUGAAAAGUGAAAAUAUUGGAAUAAUUCAUAAGUUUCAAGAUGUCAUCCAGUGGAGCUCUUUUUCCAAAUGUCCCAACGGCUCUGGGAUACAGAAGUGGUGUCAAACAUGUAGUGGAGAUGCGUGCUGGAAAAAUGGAACUCAGGGGGCGGAUGAUCUACCCUGAUAAAAGGAAGGGAUUAAUUUAUGUAUUCCAAAGUGAAGACUCCCUUAUGCACUUUUGCUGGCAAGAUCGAACAACAGGAACUGUCGAAGAGGAUUUGAUCAUUUUUCCUGACGAUUGUGAGUAUGUGCGAAUUCCUCAGUGCACCACUGGUAGAGCCUAUGUUCUGAAGUUCCGAACUUCCAAUAGGAGAUUUUUCUUUUGGCUCCAGGAACCCAAGACAGACAAAGACGAUGAACAUUGCAAAAGAAUCAACGAGAUUCUGAAUAACCCAGCAAGCAUCAAUUCUUCUGAAAAUCCAAAUUCUGACCACGACUUGCAAUCUUUACUGAGCAGCAUGUCGCAGUCUCAGUUGAUCCAAUUAUUUGGUGGAAGUGGACAGAUGGGUCCUUUGUCAUCGUUGCUUGGAACAAUAAGAGGUCCGGGAAGCGCUCGUACCAGCACCACGCCGGCAAUCACCCAUCGCACGGUCCCAAGUACUCCGACCACCGCGACCAACACCCAGAGCUCGCCUGUGACCUCGGCGAAUCUGAGCACCCCGCAAAACGCCUCGACGACCAUCGCAACGCCCGACGCUCCCAAGAGGAAUACUUCGGCGCCCACAGAGACCGCCCCCUCAACCUUGCAGCCUAUUCAGCUCUCCGACCUGCAGAAUUUCCUUCAGAACAUUACUCCGGCCGCUCCACAACAGCAACAAUCAGUUGAUUUGUCAACAGCCCUUACUACUGAUGCACUAUCUGGCGUCUUGAGCAGCCCUGAAGCCUUACAACAAUUACAGAGCCAUCUGCCUCCAGUUGAAGGUUCAACGCCACAAGAAGCAUUGAGAACCACUGUAGCAUCCCCACAGUUUCAAAAUGCUGUUUCUCAGUUCUCCAGUGCCUUGGAAACGGGAAUGUUAGGUCCAGUAGUUUCUCAAUUAUCUGUUAAUUCGGAAGCUGUGGCUGCAGCGUCACAGGGCAAUAUGCAAGAAUUUGUUAAAGCUUUGGAAAAGAGCACGGCAGAUUCUGGUGAUGCCAAAAAGGAAGAUAAGCAGGAGAAUACUAAGGAUGACAAGGACGAUGAAAAAAUGCAGUUAGAUUAAUAAAAUUUUAUUUAUUACUUUAUUUUUUUUUCACUUGUAUAGUAAAGGAAGGCGUAGCAACCCUAAGAGUUCCAUAUAUGUUUAUAACUCUCCUUGAAAUUUUUUCAAAUCUGCACAAAAAAGUACCUAAAAUGUAAUAAAAAUUAAUCAAUGAUACUUUUGGUUUUCUUGGAAAGUAUCGAAAUAAAAAUUAUAUCUACAA